AUGUCAUCCACUCCCAACAUGGCCACCGCCGAGCACUUCAACAAGACCGCCGAAAACUACGAAGCCAUCACCGGCGGCGGCCCCCAGUCCAAGAUCCUCGAUAACGCCUGCGGCACCGGCAUCGUAACCGACAUCAUCAUCCAAUCCGGCAUCCAGCCCAGCCCGGAGAUCCACGCCGUCGACUUCGCCGAGGGCAUGGUCUCCGUCGCCAAGGGCCGCUUCUCCUCCCACUCCAACGUCCACGCGGCCGUCAUGCCCGGCGAGGACCUCGCCUUCCCGGACGACACCUUCACCCACUCCAUCACCAACCUUGGCCUCAUGUUCUUUGCCGACGCCGACAAGGGCGCCAAGGAGAUCGCGCGCACGCUUCACCCCGACAGAGUAGCCGUCAUCACCGGCUGGGCGAAGCAGGCGCCCUUCAAGCUCAUCCAGGAGAUCCAUAAUCAGAUCCGCCCCGACGGUCCGCCGUUCAAGUUGCCCGUCCCGGAGAUCUGGUUCGAUCCUGAGCAUACUAAGGCCUUGCUGACAGGUGCCGGGCUUGACGUGCACAUGGGUGCAGAGACGACUGAUGGGGUCGCUGAUAUCCUGACCAGGUUCAGCGGCAGGGCAUUUGCGACUUACAGCGAGGAGGAAAAGGAGAAAGCCGCUGGGUUGAUCAAGAGGAUUGUGCAGGAGCGGGCUGUUCCGUUUACCAGACCCUCGGGGUCUGGCGUUGGUAUCAAGGUGACGGGGACUAUCUUUGUUGUGUGGAGGAGGUCUGAGGGUGUGCCAGCUGUAUGA